UUGAGAUAAUUUAAAAUUGCGAGAAACAUUUGAUUAGAAGUACUUAAGUAUGUGAUAUUAAAUCUUGUUUUUAUUAUAAAUAUUCCAAUAACUAAUAUUUUAAUAAUUAACGCAUUUAUUUUUCAACGUGAUGUAUAACCAAGCAUUAUUAAUAAAUGCUUCGAUAAAUAUUUUUAAGGUUAGAAGUUGUUAAAUAGAAACAUUCAAGUCUUAUUAAAGUUGACGUAGCAACAAUUUUAUCGGGAUUUUAUAGUGAUUCUAUUAUCGAUAUAGUAGGGACAGCAAAUAUUAAUAUGCCGAGUGUCAUAUUAAAAUCUCGUUUUGCGAGACCAUUAUAUACUUGCAUGGUAGACAGACAAUGUCGGAAAUUUCUUAAUAGAUAUUUAACUGACGACGUAAAGCAUACCUUGCAAAAAGAGAAAAUCAUUCAUCCCUAUAGCAAAUUGCAUCCAUGGAAAUCUCGUGAAAGCUUUUCUCGAUACUUGUUAAAUAAUGUUAUAUACAACGAAGAUGGAUUGGUUGCAAUAAAUAAACCGUACGGCAUAUCCGCUAGAAAGCUAUUGAUUGCAAAUAAAACCUAUUCCAAUACUUAUUCUAUGGUACCAAAUGGCGUAGAUUAUACCUUAGACGAUAGUUUACAAUUUCUCGCGGAGAAAUUAGGAUACACCAAAUUGAUUAUAGUUAAAACACCAGAAAAAUUUAUGAGCGGUGUAACGCUAUUAGCAGCAAAUGAAAAGUUACAAGAUGCCAUUCGUACUUCCUAUCAAAGAGCAAUAGGAAUGCAACUUCUUAAUAAAACAUAUUGGAUUGUUACUUUAAGAGUACCAAAUCAAAUAAAAGGACGGGAACACUUGUGUAUGUCGAAAGAGUUAAAUCGAUCUGAAACCAGGAACACGAUAACAAUUGGAGAAAAAUGGAGUAGGAAUGCGGAAAAACGGAGAGAAAUAAAAGUGUUAAAUAUCGAAUUUGAAAUCAUCUCAAAUUCAACGAAUAACUUAAGUUCCUUUAUAGAGAUAAAAUCGUCGACCACAAAAUGGCAUGCUCUACGAUUGUUUGCUUCAACCAGAUUAUAUACUCCAAUUCUGGGAGAUAAUCUUUAUGGGUCAAGAAUACAGAAUAUCGCGGGCAGAUGGGUAUUAUCAUUUCCAGAAGCAAAUAAUGACGCACCACAAAUGAAUUCUGAGCUGUUAAAAAUAUUACAUUUGACUAAAGCUAAACAAGAACUAAUACCUUGCCAUGUUCAUGCCCGAAGUGUAAUUUUACCAAAAUUCAAGGGUACGUAUUUGAAAUUAGAAGCACCCUUAACAUCGCCGUUCGACUGGACUUGCAAACAAUUGAAAUUUAAAAAUAUACCACUGUAAGAAGCAGAGUCUCGUUGUACAUAGCACGUUAUGUACAUACCCAUGUAUCGUGAGAUAUUUGUAUUGCAUUUAAAUCGUACAUUAGACAUAUUUGUGAAUCAGAAGCAAUAAGAAAUAAAAGUACUACGUAGACAUUUAA